AUAGUUUUGGCAGCCUUAAUUUAGCAGAUGGGUGAAAAUGAUGUAAAAGGGAGCCUUUCCUGCCCCUUGUCAAAAUGUGCUAAUGGUAUGAGCUGAGUGGGGAAACACACAUCCUCUGUUACGAUAUGUUGACAUCUCAAUGUUGGACUUUUUGUCUUUCCGUUUCUGCUUUUUUAAUGCCUCUGCACCACUGAAGGCUUCACUGUGAAAUGGGAGAGUAAAAUCUGAAGAAUUAUAUCAUGUUUACCUUCUUCUGGACAACUGUGCUUUUCUCUUUGAUGGCUUUCAACACAUAUACAGUUGACUCCGCCUUGGGAAGACCGCUCUGUUCAAGGGAAUUCUGCAUUACUUUUAAUGAGGGAGAAGUAACAGCCGAGGCUGGACUCUGUGUUGUGAUACCAUGUUCCUUCAUCACUCCUGAUGAGUUUACACCAAAAAAUAUUGUCUGGUUCAAAUGUGAUUCAUGGAAAUGGAAAUGUUCGGAAUCUGAAAUAAUAUUUCACAACAACCGAAACAAGGUUCGAUCUGAAUUCUUAGGACGGGUUUCGCUGUUGGAUCCUGAUGUGGGCCAGAGAAACUGUAGCAUCAUGAUCAAUGACCUCACCACAUCUGAUUCUGGAUCAUAUGAGCUCAAAAUAAACGGUCUUUACUAUGGAAAUACGGAUGGAUUUUUCUUGGGUCAAGGAACUGUCUCUGUUAAAGAUCUCAGGCAGAGGCCCACAGUGACUAAUCCUCCACUGACUGAGGGACAACAGGCCACUCUGACCUGCACUGCUCCUGGUCUCUGCUCCGGUUCUCCUCCUAAAAUCACCUGGAUGUGGAGAGGAAAAGAAGAAAAUGAAUCUAUGAUAGGAAACAUCACUGCUUUAAGAACUGAGAAUCUGACUGCUGUCACACAGAGACACAGCUCAACUCUGACCUUAAACCCAUCAGCUGAACACCACAACAGCAAUAUAACCUGUAAGGUCAGCUUCACAGGGGACAUUACCACUGAGGAGACUUUGAUUCUAAAAGUAAACUAUAAAAGAAAACCUCACAUCACUGGAAAUACAACUGUGAAGGAGGGAGAUACUCUGAAUCUGACUUGCAGUAUUGACAGUUUCCCUCAGUCACUUGUCGUGUGGACCAAGCAUUCACCAAGUGGAAUUCACCUCCAUAAUGACACUGGAUCGGCAACGCUUGUCGUUUCAAAUGUGACAGCUGAGGAUUCUGGACAAUAUUUCUGCACAGCAAUUCAUCUGGGCAGCAUGGUGUCUGUUUCCGCUGACGUAAAAGUGACUUGGUUUUCAGAGAUCCUAGAAGGUUCUGGAUGUGUGUUUCAGUCAAAGCUCCUGACCUGUGUGUGUAUCGCUAAGGGGUUUCCUCUGCCCACCAUAACAUGGCCGCUGCUGAAGGACCACAGCAAGUACUCUGUUAUUAACACAGUGUCAAAUCACACUGUCAACACCACUGUCACCAUAUCCCUGGAACAACACCAGAAUAUCAGCGUUGAAUGUUUUAGCAGCCAUGAAAAUGGAGAAGCGCAAAAAAACCUCACCGUCCAACAAGAUGUCUUAGAAAAAGAAGACAUUCAGUCCAAAAGGAUUUCAAAAACAGUUUUCAGGCUGGAAGUCAUUGUUGCCUUUCUGAUUGGGGUUCUGCUUUCAGCUACAAUUUGUUUUCUGGCCCAAAAAUGCAACAGAAAAUCGCUGAAGAAACCUGGGAAUUUGGAUGAAACUCUGAAGAUGAUUCCUCAAGAUGGUUCACUGAUUGAUGACGGUCAAGCAGUUCAAAAUGACAAAAGCAAUGACCAAGAGGCAGCUGAGAAUGGAGCUGUGGCUGCAGAGAGGUGUUCGUCGGACGUGAGCAACGGUCCGAAAGAUCUACAGUAUGCCAGCAUCAACUUCUCCAUUCUGAGGAGAAGGAGGGAAAAAGAAGAAGCAACGGAACGGGAAAGUACAUUGACAGAUUAUGCCGAAAUUAAAAUAUAAGCAAAAGAGCAAGGGAAAGAUGAUAGUAAAGAGGCGAGUGAGACAAUGGAGGGCAAAGUAGAG